AUGCAAGUAGAAGCAGCAACAAUGUACCAAAUAGCACUUGGGGCAGCCAAAGGCAUAGGGCACAUACACAGUUUAUGGAACAAUAAGCUUUCACAUGGAAAUAUCAAAUCAUCCAACAUUAUGAUCACUCAAGACUAUAGAGCUUGUAUUUCAGAUUAUGGGCUGAAAUCCAUAUUAACUUGUGUUGGCUCAUCAACAAGUCAAAGGGAUGUCACUAGAGCACCCGAAGUUACCGACAAGUCGAAAAUUUCACAAAAGGCAGAUGUUUACAGCUUCGGAAUUGUACUUAUUGUGAUGCUUAUAGGAAGGCAAAAUGAAGUUCAUCCUACAUUUGAAGACAUAAAUAUCGAGCUAUUGAAGAAACAAGUGGCUGAGGAGAUGGUGGAGCUGUUGCAAAUUGCAGUUGUGUGCAUUGAUUGCAAUCCUGAAAUGAGGCCGACUAUGAAUGAAGUUGUUCAAAUGAUAGAAAAUAUUAGUUGUAAAUUAGACAAUGAUAAGGGACAAUUUGGAGAUCCAAAUAGUAAUGAACAAAGUCCUGAUUCUGAUUAA